UUUCGCAGCCUAACUUUCCUCCUCCUGCAGUACCGCUGCGGAGCCCUCUUCCUCCUCUUCCUCUUACCUGAAGCAAGCUGGCGGCCCUCCGGGUAGAAGCCGAGGACAAGGAUCUGGGGCCGAUGGCCUGGGUUCUGAAGAUGGACGAUGCCGCCAUCGAGUCGGGGCUCGUGCACGACUUCGACGCUAGUCUGUCGGGUAUCGGACAGGAGCUGGGAGCUGGAGCCUACAGCAUGAGCGAUGUGCUGGCUCUGCCCAUCUUCAAGCAGGAAGACUCCAGCCUGCCUCCUGAAAAUAAGACCAAAAAUCCCCCAUUCCAGUAUGUGCUUUGCGCCGCUACAUCACCUGCUGUCAAGCUACAUGACGAGACGCUCACAUACCUAAACCAAGGCCAGUCUUAUGAGAUUUUUUUGUUGGACAACAGAGAAACAGGAGAGUUACCGGAGCUGAACAACAAGAUGGUGAAGAGCACAGUGCGAGUAGUAUUUCAUGACCGACGGCUGCAGUACACGGAACACCAGCAGCUGGAGGGCUGGAAGUGGAAUCGUCCUGGCGACCGUCUCCUUGACAUCGAUAUUCCCAUGUCGGUUGGCAUUGUUGAGCCGAAGACUCACUCCUCCCAACUUAACGCUGCAGAGUUUCUGUGGGACUUGAACAAAAGAACGUCUGUUUUUGUGCAGGUGCACUGCAUCAGCACAGAGUUUACUCCCAGGAAGCACGGUGGAGAGAAGGGCGUCCCCUUCAGGAUCCAGCUGGACACGUUCGCUCAAGGAGACGGUGGAGAGUACACAGAACACCUCCACUCUGCAUCCUGCCAAAUCAAAGUCUUCAAACCGAAGGGGGCGGACCGUAAACAAAAGACUGACAGGGAGAAGAUGGAGAAGCGCACUCCUCAAGAAAAGGAAAAGUACCAGCCUUCCUAUGAUACCACUAUCCUAUCAGAGACGAGGCUUGAGCCCAUCAUAGAGGAUUCGGGCGACCACGAGCUGAAAAAGUCCAGCAAGCGGACACUUCCCGCUGACUGUGGCGACUCCUUGGCCAAGAGAGGCAGUUGCUCGCCAUGGCCAGACGCCGCUUUCCCCAGCACCAACCAGGCAGCUACCCCCUCCUUUACCUCCACCCCGCUGUCCACCUACUCAACGUCCUCAGUACUGGACAGCGACUCAUCCUCUCCCAAUCACCAGGCAGACCCUGGGGUCCAGAGCAACUCAGAGCAGUUGAGCCCCACUGCCUCCAUACAGGACACACAGAAGUGGCUGCUGAAAAAUCGUUUCAACUCCUACGCUCGACUCUUCUCGCAUUUCUCAGGUUCUGAUUUGUUAAAGUUAACUCGGGAUGAUCUGGUUCAGAUUUGUGGGACAGCAGAUGGGAUUAGACUCUUCAAUGCACUCAAAUCCAGGUCAGUGCGCCCCCGGUUGACUGUGUACAUCUGUCAGGAGUCUCUGCAGGAGAGCCCCCUGCUGGAGAGACACUGCACUAUUGAAAACGGAGAACACAGGAGCUCCACUAGUUUACACGUGUAUCAUGCUUUGUACUUGGAGGAGCUCACAGCUGCAGAGCUCAUCCGAAAGAUGGCCUCUGUGUGCGGCAUUCCUCUGGGAACGAUCAACCAGGUGUACAGACAGGGUCCUACAGGCAUCCACAUACUGCUAAGUGACCAGAUGGUUUACAACUUAAAUGACGAGAGCUGUUUUUUGAUCAGCACUGUCAAAGAUGAGUUUGGCGAAGGACUUCAUCUGAUCAUGAAGUAGUGAGGAGGACAGAUGGCAUCACUAAUUCUCCACCCUCUGUUUUGGAGCGGCAGCCUCCUCUCAUCCCUCUCUGCACGCCUCUACUCUUAUCGCUCUACAUCCUCCCGAUCUCUUUUAAUAAUAGCUCGAUGGAAAGCAGAGUUAAAGCCAUGUAAAUGUUAGCAUCUGACAUGGGUGUGUCCACUGUUUCAUAUUGAAAACAUUAUUAACAGAGGGUUAGUUAUAAGAAGAGACGGGAGGAUACAAGAUAAGGGAGUAGUCGACAAAUUCAUGUAUUUUGAUCUCGUUUUGUUUUAUUCAAUCGUUAUUUGUAUAAAGAGGGGGAUGGAUGGUGCUCUGGCCUGCGAGAGAUGAAGAGUUUUCUUAUUGCUCGUUGCCCUUCCUACACAACGCACACAACCAGCACUAGGCCAGUAUUUGAUUAACGUGUACUGCUGAACAGCAUGCGAAUCCGUAUGAAGAUGCUUACCAGAGAAACUCACCUUUGCUUACCUAACAUUCUUAAUGGGGAUGUCUUAAUUUAUCUGAUCAGCUGAGCGCGGUGGCCUGUAAAGUACUCCGACUAAAUGAGUGGAAGUGCCCUCAUUUUGUGGAUUGAGGCGCUUCGAUUUGUUUUUUUAUUUUAGAUGAUUUUAUGAUAUCUUGCCACAUAGUCGGACUUCAUGUGAUUUG